AUGUCGCAAGUGCUCCCGGCGGCCGGCAGCGUCCUGCAGAGGAGCGUCUCGGCGCCCGGGAACCAGCCGCAGCCGCAGAGUCCAGAGGACGAUGACCGGAAGGUCCGAAGGAGAGAAAAAAACCGAGUGGCUGCUCAGAGAAGUCGGAAGAAGCAGACCCAGAAGGCUGACAAACUCCAUGAGGAGUAUGAGUGCCUGGAGCAGGAGAACACUGUGCUGCGGAGAGAGAUCGGGAAGCUGACCGCGGAGCUGCAGCAGCUGAGCGAGGCCCUGAAGGAGCACGAGAAGAUGUGCCCACUGCUGCUGUGCCCCAUGAACUUUGUGCCGGUGCCGCGGCCGGACCCCGUGGCCGGCUGCCUGCCCCGAUGAAGCCCGAGGAUCCUCCUCCUCUGCUGAAGGAGGAGCCUUGGUCGUUUUCACACCUGGCAGGAGGGUUCCCUCCGCAUCUGUGUACAGGGGGCCCUGUGGCCGGGUCCCCUUCUCGGAGCUCCUGGCCGCGUCCUCAGCAGAUGGCUCAGCAUGACGCUCCCGCCGGCACCUCUCAAAGCCUUGAACCGAUCCAGGCAGGGAGGCCACCCUCAGGAGUCACCUGGAAUCCACUUUGGCAGCUAAUAGGUUCCGUGUUGUGCAGAAUCAUUGCCUGUAGAUUUUGGAUAAUAAAGAUGGUUAUGACGUC